GAUGACGCCGCGCAGCUGUCGUCGCGCGCCUGCAUUCGCUGUUGCCAGUAUGCACAGCUUUUUUGUUUCAGGACGAGAGGUGUGCAUAACGCUGGUGAAUCGUGCUAUUCGACCAGCCUGGUGCGACUAGAGAGAGGCGGGUCCUCUAGUGGGCGUGCUGCCGCGAGACCAAUUUCGUGUGCCGGGAUCCCUGCACAUCAGAUCGAACCCCUAGCAACGCGCCCUCACCUUAAGAAUCUCGCAGCCCUUGGUCAUUUGUUGAGCCUUUCCUUAUUCCCCUUCCUCACACCGCUGUGCUUCAGACUUUUCACCUAAGGUCGAGCCUGCUUUGCCUCUCGCCGCACCUGCCAGAGCAAGCUUUCCUUCCCUCUACUAACUUUUUUAAUCACCUCCAAGCGCGCUCCUUCCCUACCUUAUCUUCUCUGCCACGCCCGCCUCACGCACUUCCUCUCUUCACUCUCUUCAACCCACAAACCACAACAUGUCUGCCGAAGCACCAAAGCCCGUUGUUGCAGCUGAGGCUGCUGCUGUUGCGCCUGUUGAGUUCACACCUGUUGCCGUCCAGGAGGUCGCCGGUGAGAAGGCGGUUGUUCCUACUGAAGAGGCGCCGAAGGUCGAGGAGGCACCCAAGGUCGAGGGCGACGCUGCCGCUGUCGCUCCCGUGGAGGAGAAGGCCGAGGAGAAGGCCGAGGAGAAGGUUGUCGAGCCCAUCUACAGCGGUGCUCUCGGCUACAAGGCCCCUGGCCUGAAGAACGCUUUCCGCUUCUCUAAGAAGUACUUCUGGUUCGGCGAGGAGCCCGUCGCUGCCUCCAACCUGGCUGAGUACCUCCGCGGCGAGAAGCCUGAGGUUGCUCACCCCACUGCUGCAUGGUCCAGCCAGACCGGAAAGGGUCUCCUUUUCUUCGUCAAGCACGCCGACAAUAAGGAGAGCCCCGCCGGUGUCCUGAACUUGGCCUACGCCACCGACCUUGCCAAGGAUGGAACCAUUGCCUUUGCUCUGAAGAUUCACGGUCACAAGCACGCUUUUGAGACUCAGACUCUGACCGAGCGUGAUGGCUGGUACGUCGCUGUCGAGAAGGCUAUCGCCGAGGCCAAGGAGGCCAAGGAGAGCAUUGAAUCCAGCGAGGCCUACAAGGAGGAGAAGACCAAGCUCGGUAAACCCGCCGCACUAGCGGGCGCUACCACCGCCGCCGCUGUCGCCCCAAAGAAGAGCGUCGACGCUACCAGGCCUGCCGAAACCGAGGCCCCAGCUGCUGAGGCCGCUGGUCCCGUUCGCACUGGAUCCUCCUCUAGCAGCUCUUCCUCAGACGCCGACAAGAAGAACAAGAAGAAGGCCGCUAAGAGCAAGAGCCGCUCUGCUUCCCGCAAGCGCCAGAGCAUCUUCGGUGGACUCCUUGGCAAGAAGGACAAGGCUGAGGAGCACGCCGCCGAGUCUGAGGUCAAGAAGGACGAAUCUGUUGCUCCUCAGAUCGGCGAGACCUCCACCACUGCUCCCGUCAUCACCUCUGAUAUCCCCAAGACUGGCGAUGAGCUGAAGGCUGAGCCCACCCCCGCUCCCAUCGUUGCUGAGACCGCUGCCCCAGCUCCUAUUGAGACUGAGACUGCCGCUCCUGUUGUUGCUCCUGCUCCUGUUGAGAAGGAGGACAAGCCUGCUGAGAAGCCCAAGCCUACCAAGCGUGGCUCCAUCUUCGGUUCCUUCUUCGAGAAGGUCAAGAGCCCUUCCCACGAGAAGAAGGAGGCUGACCUCAUCCCUGGCCCCAAGGAGACCACCAAGGAGACCGCCGCUGUCCCUGAGGUUCAGAAGCCCAUUGAGGAGACGCCCGCUGUUGCCCCUGUUCCUGAGGUCACCACCGAGGCUCCUCUUGCUGAGGCCAAACUUGAUGCCCCCAAGACCGAGGUUGCUAAGCCCGUGACCCCAGUUAAGGAGAAGGAACACUUCUCUUUCGGCAAGUUCUUUGGCAACAAGGAGAAGGCCAAGUCUCCCGCCGUCGAGACCGAGGAUACACCCAAGCUCGAGGAGUCAUCUGCUCCCGUCGUUGCCAACGGUGUUGAGCCCGCCGUUCCCGUUGCCGAGACCUCGGCCGCCGCUCCUGUUGAGGAGAAGAAGGAGGAGACUCCCGUUUCCAAGAAGGAGAAGAGGAGCAGCAUCUUCGGCUCCCUCGCCCGUACUGUCUCCAAGGCUGGAGGCAAGAAGGAGCCCAAGGAGAAGAAGGAGACCGUCGCUCCUGCCACCGUUGAGGAGGCUGCCGAGCCCGCCGACAAGGUCGAGACCCCCGUCGUCGCUGAGAAGAAGGAGGAGACCCUCGCUGCGCCUGCUCAGCAGUCCACCAUUGGCGAUGUCACCCCCGAGUCUGUCAACGGUUGCUGCGUUUCCCGUGAAGCCGCUGCGCCGGCACGUCAUGACGGCGCAGAAGAUCCCCCAGUCGCCCAUCUCGACGUCUCAUCGCGCAAUCUCAAUGCUCCGUCCUCACGACACACUUCCGUGCCUUCUUCGCGGGGAUCGUUUGUAGGACGGCCGUCGCAACCAUCAGGUCCUACUAGUACUGCUGCUCAGCCCGCGUCAAGCACUCGUCCGAACCAGCCUCUGACGCCCAUUCCUGCCGAACAGCGCUCCACAUUGCCCAACACGCUUGCUUCGCCAACGACCGCUAAGAGCAGACAUCGCGUUAAACCGCUUUCAGACUCGUCAAGUCAGGCGUGGACACAAGCUCGGUUGCAGAAAGAGCGCAGAGAUUGGUGGGACACACGCGUUACGGGCGAUACCCAGGUGUGGCGAUGUCUUCAAGCUGCAACAGAGGCUUUACAGGAGGGUGAUAUCGCGACCGCACAAGGGCUGCUCGACGCUCAAGGAUGUACCUGCCCAAGUGGUCAGCUCUGGAGCAAAAUCUAUGACGAUAGGGGCAACGAGUACAAAGUUCCUGAGUGGUUGGUCAUUGAACCCAGCGGUAUCUUGGAAGAGGAGGCUGCUCCGAUAGUUGACGAUAAGACUGAAGGAGCUGUUACCGUCGACGAUUCGGAGCCGGACCGUGAAUUUGUCGUGCGCGUUCGAGUCAGUGAAACUUCUACAGAUUUCAGGCUCACAGUGCGGAGGCGAGAGACUAUUGCGUCCUUCCGUGAAAAGCUCAAGACCCAAGCACAGUUGCCUGACGAUCAGAAGUUCCUCCUCAUCUACAACGGACAUGUGUACGACGAUAACGACACUCUCGAGAGCAACGCUUACUGGAACUUUGACAAUAAUUAUGUCAUCUCGUGUUUCGUUCGACCAAAAGACCCAAUGGCAACAUAGCGUCCCACACGCGAGCACAAACGGCCUUUCAUGGAUUUAAUAUUUUGUCAGCCUUCUCGGCGGAUGCGCAGGAGCUGAGCUUCGUUACCAGUCUUUCUUUCUCCACAGGUCGCCAUCGAAGGAUGUCUGCUUUAUAUACCCUUUCCCUCGUACAUGCCAGCUCAUUUAGAGCUGGCGGCGUUAUCAAUCACUCCACCCAGCGUGUAGUGUAUUUUCACUACUGUAGUAACAUUAAUGCAUAAUCGUGUGUACUGGCACUUUUGCUUACACAUACCAAAGAA